CCUCCUUCCACCCCCGCUGUACACGAUGGAGAGCAAGGUGCUGGUAGUAGGUGCAGGGCUCGCAGGCCUCAGUGCUGCCCGUGAGCUAUCGCAUCGCGGCUAUGACGUGAUAGUUUUAGAAGCAACAUCCAGAGUGGGUGGGCGCCUUCUCUCUGCCAAAGUGGCCGAAACAGGAGGAACGGCCAUUGACCUUGGCGCGGCGUUUAUCCAUGGGAUCGAAGACAACCCAGUGGCGGCGCUUGCGCAAGAGCUCGGCCUCACCCUGGUGCCUAUGGACGAUUGUACGCUGUUGGGCAACGACGGUAAACCCGUUCCGGAAGCCAUGGACCAACGCAUCCAGAGGCUUUGGAACCGGGUAUUGGACGAAUGCGCUGAGAAACAAAAAAACGGCAACAAUAACAACAACAACAACAACAGCAACAACACCCUUCCCCCUUCCGGUAUGGGGUCGGUGGGUGACGAUUCGCGCGGCGAGACAAGCGAAGAAUCACAUGGCGAGGGCAGCAGUGGCGCGGAAAGCGAGCCGGUGGAGCACGAGGGUACGAACAGAGACCACGCGCAAGCGCCUGAUGAAGAUGGCACACACAAGGCGGUACCGAUAGAUGCAGCUCAAGAGUCGAAAGGGCCAGUCGGUAAUGGGAGGGCGGGUGGAUCGGUGGGUAAGGUGGUGCUGCAGAGACCUGCACAUGGCACGGACUCCACGGCGCCGGCAAGCCUCGGCAAGGUGCUGGAAGAAACUGCUCGCGUGCACCUCGCCAGCUUCUCCAAGUCGGAAAUGGAGGUGUGGGAUUGGCACCGGGGAAACUUGGAGAUUUCGUGUGGCGCGGACCUCAAUGAGCUAGACCACCUUCACUGGAAUCAGGACGACGAGUACGAUUUCGACGGGGACCAUGUGAUCAUCAAGGAGGGGUACGCGGCGCUUUCGUCGAGAGUUGCGGCGACGCUCGACAUCCGGCUCAACACCGAAGUGAAGAUGAUUCGCCUAGACGACGCCCAGUCGAACGUGGAGGUGAUGGUUAAAAGCGAAGGAAAGGACACGACGCUCCGAGCCGGCUACGUUGUCGUUACACUGCCUCUGGGUGUGCUGAAGGCACGGCUGGUGAGUGGAACAGUCACCCUUCGGCAACCCUGA